UCUCCGAGCGCCUGGGUAGCAACCAUCUCUCCUAUUUGGGGAGGAGAUUCCGUGUGGCGACACUAUAAGGCGCCUUCCCAUGAUUCUUCCUUUCUCUUCGCCAUCUUUCCUCCGCUCUGCCGCCAGCUGUCGCCAUGAAGGUCGAGCUGUGCAGUUUUAGCGGGUACAAGAUCUACCCCGGACACGGGCGGCGCUACGCCAGGACCGAUGGGAAGGUUUUCCAGUUUCUUAAUGCAAAAUGCGAGUCCGCAUUCCUUUCCAAGAGGAAUCCUCGGCAGAUAAACUGGACUGUCCUAUACAGAAGAAAGCACAAAAAGGGACAGUCGGAAGAAAUUCAAAAGAAAAGAACCCGGCGUGCAGUCAAAUUCCAGCGGGCCAUUACUGGUGCAUCUCUUGCUGAUAUAAUGGCCAAAAGGAAUCAGAAACCGGAAGUUAGGAAAGCUCAACGAGAGCAGGCUAUCCGGGCUGCCAAGGAAGCAAAAAAGGCCAAGCAGGCAUCUAAGAAGACCGCAAUGGCUGCUGCUAAGGCUCCCACAAAGGCAGCACCUAAGCAAAAGAUUGUGAAGCCUGUGAAGGCUUCUGCUCCUCGAGUUGGUGGAAAACGCUAAGUUGGUAGAUUGGAUUUUUAAAUAAAGAUCCAUCUGUAACUCCA